CGCGCAUCGGCCGCGCCGCGCCGCCGGCAGCCCGCGGGCAGGGGCCGCCCAUGGCCGGGGCCGACUUCGGGGCCAUCCGCGUGGGCACGCGCCUGGAGAUCAAGCGCAGCGACGGGCGCGUCCACCCCGCGCUGGUGACCGCGCUGCACCGCGACAGCGCCAGCCUGACGGCGGAGUGGCUGGAGCAGGGUGCCGGCAAGGGCAAGCGGGUGGACGUGCAGCUCGCCCUGGCUCUCAACCCGCACCUGGCCCCCGCCGUCCAGUUGCAGUCGCAGCCGCGGCCCGGGCCGGCCUCGGCCACGGGGGACCAGAGCCGGACGCCCUCGGCUCGGCCGCGCAAGCCGUCGGGGGACGGCGGCGACUCGGGCCCGUCCGACGGAAGCCCCCCGGGGCAGGAGAGCCGUCCCCGGCCCCGCAUCUCGGUGUGUGUCCGCAAGCGGCCGCUGAACCCGCGGGAGCUGGAGCGGCGGGAGCUGGACGUGGUGAGCGUCCCCCACGGGGACGUGGUGAUGGUCCGCGAGGCCAAGCAGAGGCUGGACCUGUCCCGCUACCUGGAGAACCAGGUGUUUCGCUUCGACCGCGCCUUCGACGCCACCGCCACCAACGAGCUGGUGUACAGGCACACGGCCCAGCCGCUGGUGGAGACCGUCUUCCGCCGGGGCACGGCCACCUGCUUCGCCUACGGCCAGACGGGCAGCGGCAAGACGCACACCAUGGGGGGAGACCUCUCGGCCGCCAGCCAGGACUUCUCCAAGGGCCUCUACGCCCUGGCGGCCCGCGACGUGUUCUGCCGGCUGCGCCGGCCCAGCUGCGAGAAGCUGGAGCUCCGGGUCUACGGGGCUUUCUUCGAGAUCUACGGGGGCAAGGUGUACGACCUGCUCAACGGGAGGAACCGCCUCCGGGUGCUGGAGGACGCCAAGCAGCAGGUGCAGGUGGUGGGGCUGCAGGAGCAGGAGGUGGCGUCCGUGGAGGAUGUCAUCAAGCUCAUCGAAGUGGGCAACAGGGCCCGCACGUCGGGCCAGACCUCGGCCAACACGCACUCCUCGCGGAGCCAUGCCGUCUUCCAGAUUAUCCUCCGGGCCAGAGGGAAUCUGCAUGGCAAAUUUUCCCUCGUUGAUUUGGCUGGGAACGAGAGAGGAGCGGACACGGGGAACUCAAACAAGCAGACCAGGCUGGAAGGGGCUGAGAUCAACAAGAGCCUCCUGGCGCUCAAGGAAUGCAUUAGGGCCCUCGGGUACAACAAAGCCCACACCCCGUUCAGGGCUAGUAAGCUCACACAGGUGCUCAGGGACUCCUUUAUCGGGGAGAAUUCCUGUACCUGUAUGAUCGCUACCAUCUCUCCGGGGCUGAGAUCUUGCGAGCACACGCUCAAUACCCUAAGGUACGCCAACCGGGUGAAGGAACUGGCUGUGGAUAGCUCUCUCAGACUGCUCCGCUCAAGCUUAGCCAAGUCCCCGUAUGAACUGGAUGACCUGAAGGAACCUUGGAUGAUACAGAGAUUGCCCGAGACAGACGAGUUCAAAGUGCUUUACGUGCAGAGAGAGGAGGAAGGCGCUCCCCACCUGUUUACUUCCGAUGCCAGAGGGAAAGCUCAGAAGAAAAGAAAAGACCUUGAUGAGAGGGCGCUUGUAGAAGAACACCAGGAGUCGCUGCAGUGGUUGAAGGUGUUCCUAGAAAUAGCCGAGGAAAUAGACUACGACGUGGAUUUUUAUGCUGCCCAGUUCGAAGCCGUCCUGGGGCAAAAGAUCGGCAUUCUUACUGAGAUCCAAGAUAAAGUCAAAUCGUUCCGCGCGAUCCUCUCUCAGGAAGAGCUGGGUAAUAGUCAGGUCGGCACGAAGAGGUCUCGCAUUCUGUAAGCCCAGGUUGAAGAUCCCCCUUCCAUUAAGAGGACAAGUGUAAUGAUGCUGUGGCUCUGACCACGCAACAACACGAAAGCUUAAAAAAAUAACUUAAAACAUGUCUGUGGGGAUAGCCUGUUUGUUUCUCUUCUCAAACGGUAUUUCAUGGAAGCAUUCUUGUGAUGUCUCCAGAUGCUUUUUCGCUGCAGACCGCAGAACCAUGCUGGGUUUAGGGGCCGAUCAGUAGGGAAAAGCAGGAAGUAGAGAAAAUUAAUUUAAUCUUGUGUGUGCCGGUCUCCUUCCUCCACACCCCCACCUGUCUUUAAAAUAUAUAUUUGUACCUUGGUAGCUAUGGCCUAUUUCUGGCAUUCUGUCAGGUUGCACCUACUUAAAAACAGCGAGUUAGGUAUUUUGAAUGAUUUAAAAAGGUGUUAGAGUGCAAAGCACUGUGGUUUCCAACAAUGAUACUUUUGGGAAAUGAGGGUUUUUUUGUGCAUAGCUUUUUUUUUUUUAGAGUAUCUGUUCCUUUUUCUUUCUCCGACUCGUAACUAUGUUUUUGUGAGGUGUUUGAGAAGAAAAAAAUCCCUUCCUUCACAAAAAUCUGGCCCAGGGACCAGACAGUUGACUGGCCUAUGGGGGAAAGUGUAGUAUCAGAAAGGGAUGCCUCUUGAAGGUCUCUAGGGAAGCAGAAGGAGUCAAUGCCCUGUAUGAAAGGCCUGAAGGAAAAUUUGUGAAACCAAAGAGUCAGAAAAGCAGCGUUCACCAACGCUGUCUCUGAUAACUGCACUGGACUGUGAUAAAGGAAUAAGGUGAAACAUAGCUUCAGAUAGUUGCACCAACCCUGAUUCAGAACAACAGACACUGUUCUCGGUAUGAUACGUUACAACGCACUUACUCUGCAAUGUAGAAAUGGAAGAUGUAGGGCAACACGUGUGGGGCAUUCCUGGAAGAUGUAGGGAAGCAAAUAAGUGAGCCUAAAAUAGGUCAAGUAUUCAUCAUCGUUUGCUGGCUUGCCUUCUUCCUGUCCUCCUUCUACCUGAUGUCUGCUCAGCUUUUAAUACCACCCACCAAUCCAUCCUUUCAAUACCUCCCACUAACAAGACCUCGAACCUGCUGCAGUCGAUGAAAGAAUUCCCAUUGACUUCAGAGGCCAGGCACAUGCUUCUAGCAUUCCCCGCAUGAUUUGAUUUCAGUCCUUAAUUUUCACAAUUUCCUUCUGUGUCAAGGGGAGGCCUUGCUUUCUACUUGUCCCUUUCACAUUUGGGGGUGUAUUGAAGGCAGCAACAUCUCUAGUGGUAAAUUUAUUAGGCACCUAUUGUCCUGAUCAUCCACCAGUAGUGACCAUACACAUCUUCACAACACUUUAGAAACCUUACUGUCUUAGUAGCCUGUUUCUUUUGAAAAGAAAAAUCGUAUGCAGGAAUAAGCAUCUAGAGGGAAAAUGAGAAUAUGUUGGAUGUCAGGCUGAAAUAUAAUCUGGCCAGCAGCAAGCACAAAAAACUUGGCAGAAGCCUCCAAAACCCUAAAUUUAACAUGAGUGGAAAAUGGCUCCUCCCCCGAAAGCAGAAAACAGCCUCAGGGCAAAGAAAAUCCUUGGAGGUUUUCCAUUUGGCAUUUCCUCUGCAUCCUUGCAGCAGAGGAGAGAUGGGGCUAUUAAGGAAGACUGGUGGGGAAAUCCCUUAUGAGCUCCCCAAGUGUGAUAAAAGUACAUGGCCACGUGCAAGUCUUCAGUAACUCCAUGGCCGCCAAGUGGGAACCUCCAACAAGCCAUCGCCACUGGAUUUCCCCUUUAAUUGUGUACGUGAAAAUUAGGGUCUACGGCACCAUGCAGAGUCCUGUUUCAAACUAGGGGACUGUGCUCACUCUUUGCACCUAAGUCAGGCGCUGACUCAGGGCCUGCAGUCUUUCCGCUGUCCACAAGCUGUGGGGACGCAGUAGUGUCUUCAUUACAGAACUAGCAUAAACUAUUUUGGCAAUAAAGGUUAUGAAUUAAUUGAGCUGGGCAUAUUCUUAGAAGUACAGUUUUAAUGAGCUGAGAAAAAAAUUGAGCAGGACUGUAUGGUUCGCAUCCUAGGUAUGAAAAUGAAUAUCAUUUUUUUGCUGUUUAUAAUUACAUGCUAAGGAGGCUUCCUGGGCCUCCACUCAGAAAGUGACUCAUGGGUGCAGUCUGCUGGUUGGUAGGGUUCUUACAGAAGGAAUUAAAUAACCCCAUCCCAUUAGAAUGAUUACACAACUUACUGAUUUACCGUUUCCCCUUACUUCCUGUAAUUUGGUUAUUUUCCAUUCUGCAUUUUUCCUUUGCUUUAGUAAAAUUGCUGCACAGACUGAAAUUAAUUAAUCUUGCAUAGGGAUGUGAAAAAAAAAUCAUCCAUUUUGUCUUCUGGGGCUUUAAGCAAGAUGGGCUGUAGUUUUUGUCUAUUUAUUUUCUUUCCUGAUUUCAGUAGGUUUGCACCCAGAGACCAUUCCUUUGUAUUUUGCAUUUGAAACCAUGGAUUAAGUAUAUUUUACAGAAAAAACUUUAAUGUGUCAGGUUGAGUGGAAGCAUCUUGCAAUUUGGAGUGUGCCAGGGCUCGGUAUAUAAUAAAACCCAAAAAUCAAA